AUGUAAACUCCUUUUAGAAAACAACCUAAAAGCGUAAAAUAAAUUAUCAAAGAAUUAAUACUUAAAGAAAUGGAAAAAGAGGGAUAAAAUAAAAUAAAUAUAGUUGUAAUUCCUACUAGAAUUGGAUAAUCAUGUUGGGGUACUAGUAAUUUAAGAAGAAUAUCUCCUUCAAAUUACUAAAGAAUUGAUUAAGGCACAAUAUUUACUCCUAUAAACUGUACUCAAAUCUCUCCAAUUAAUUACAAUUAAGGUACUCCAUUAAACUGCAAAUCUAAAUAUAGGUCAAAGUAUUAAAAUUUAUUAAAAAUGACAAAUUAAUAACCGAACUAAUGUAAGAAAAAGUAGGAGAUAUAAUAUAAAACUGAGCCUCGUUAAAAAUCUUUUUCUCUACAUACUGCAAAGCAUAUUCAUUAAAGAUUACCCUCUUUGCCUAGAAAAAUAAAUUAUUUUGCUGAAGAGGCUAAAAGUUUAUAAAUUAAAUUAACAGAUACAUUAGAAGGAUAUCAGGUUCAAUAAGAUGAUAUGUCUUUUGAGAUUGAUGAAUAUGUUAAAAUGAAAUAUAUUAAAUAGAUAAAUUAUUAAGAAAAUUGA